CAACCCAACCAUUUCCACCAUCCUCCCGCCACUCCCGCCCCGCGCACCACCCCAUCGCCAUACCCGCCGCGCCUUCAAUCCCGCUACUGCGGGCGCCGUUCCCGCGCCCGCUGCGCGCCGCCACCUGACGUCUUCCGUCAGACAAGCGCCGUCAGAAUCCGACGGAAGACGCCGCUCCGUCAACCGGCGCGGCGAUGGCGCCUGGGGGGUUCGCGGCGAUGGAGAUCGACGGGGAGAGCUCGCGCGCGGCCCCCGCGGGGCGGCGCGAGAUUUGGGCGUGGUACGGCUACGACGCGGCGGUCGCCGCCUUUUAUUCCGCCGCGCUCCCCAUCUUCUUCCCGCUGCUGCUCGUCGCGCUCGGGUCCGAGUUCGCGUGGCAGCAGUCCGGGUCGCAGCAGCCCCCCGCGUGCGGCGGGGAGGUCACGAGCGACUGCCUGCAGUGCGUGCCGGGGAAAGGCACGCAGCUGCUGACGUCAGCGGGCUACACCGAGGCUCCGCUCCCAGACAUCCCUCUGGCAGGCGGCGCGAGCAUCAACCCGGUGUCGUUCGCGACGGCCAUGCUGGGCGUGUCCGUGAUCUUCGAAGUCGUUGCUUUCGUCAGCGUGGGACCGCUGGCAGACUUUGGGAGAGGCAGGAAGGAGCUGCUGCAAGUGGGCACGUACAUGGGGGCAGCAGCCUGCGUGCUGUGCCUGGCCCUCGCCUCGCCGGCGCUCUGGUGGCUCGCAGCGCUGCUGCUCAUCCUCGCCAACGUGGGCUACGGCAUCGCCACCGUCGCAUAUUACAGCUACCUGGCGGUGCUGGUGGACGCGUCGCCCGAGGUGCAGCAGGCAGAGGCGGCGGGGCUGCCCGUGCAGGCCGUGGUGGAGAUGCGCGAGCAGGUGGAGAACCGUCUGUCCCUCACAGCGGUGGCGUGUGCCAGCGUGGCGUCCAUCGUGGUCACGCUGCUCGCCCUCGCCGCCACGCUCCUCUCCUCCUCGCCCGACCUCAAACUCCGCCUUGCGCUCUUCCUCUGCGGCGCCUGGUGGCUGCUCCUCGCGCUGCCCACCUUCGUCUUCCUCAAGGCCCGCCCUGGCCCCGCGCUCCCCCCAGGCUCUCCCUUCCGCCUGCUCUCCGGCUGGCACCACCUUGCUGCUCUGCUCUCAGAAGCCCGCCGCUACCGCAACGCGUUCGCAUUUCUCGUGUGCUACUUCGUGUACGCAGACGGGUACACCACCAUCAUGCAGAUCGGGGUGCUGUUCGGCCAGCGAAACCUCUGCCUCUCCACGCCUGCCACUGUCCUCCUCGCCUGCUGCGUCUUCCUCUUCGCUGUGGCCGGCACGCCGCUUGCCUUCUGGCUGCAGCGCGCCACCAACCUGCACAACAAGGCCAUGGUGUGCCUGCUUAUAGCGGGGAUGCUGCCGCUGCCCCUCUGGGGGCUUAUCGGCUACCUCACCCCGGACGGGGGCUUCGGGCUCAAGUCCACGUGGGAGCUGUACGUGUUUGCAGGGUGGUUCGGGGUGCUGCUGGGGCCGCUGUCGUCGUACUCGCGCACGCUCUUCAUCGACAUGAUCCCAGUGGGCCGCGAGGGCGCCUUCUUCUCGCUCUACUCUGUCAGCGACAAGGGCUCCUCGUGGCUCGGGCCCUUCAUUGUGGCCGUCAUUGUGCAGGCCACGGGCGACCUGCGGCCGUCCUUCUUCUACAUCCUGGCAGUGAUGCUGCUGCCGCUCAUAGCACUGCACCUCACUGUGGACCAUGCACGCGGCAUCACGGACGCGGGGCGCAGCAGCAAGGGCGGCGGUGACAUGGGGAUAGCGCAGGACGACCAGCCCAACGUGGUGGGCAGCGUUGUGCCCUACACCGCCAUGCGCGCACACUGACCUGACUCGCCUAACAGUCUAAACCGAACCUAUAUGGACACAUCAAAAAGGUCUCAUUGCUCCAGCCCAAUGUUGCCGCCAUAAGGGUGCAGUGAUUUUCUGUAUAGAACUACUGUUUCUACGUGCGGAAACGGUCCUCCUAAUCCUAGAUGCAAUGUGGUGGGCAGAGUGCCACUGUGCAACGCCAAGCGGCUGCAGUGGCUGUAGUGCCGCUAUGAUUGCUCUGCUGCUAGUAUUCUAUGGUUGCCGCUCCUAACCGUUUCCUAGGGCAUGCUCAAAUUUUGGUUACUUGUACUAGUAAGCAGACUGUAUAUAAGCAGAGU